UAGGCGAUGCAGAACGAAGUAGUUAGUUGUCAAGUAGUUUGGUGGGUGACUGUUUACUAAAACACAAGUACAUUUAAGAGUCGAAAAUCUCAAGAUGGGCGCCACGGCAAGUCAACUUGGGAAGGAUUUGCUCUCAGAAUACCAAGAACUGACAUUCUUGACAAAACAAGAAAUUCUCCUUGCUCAUAAGAGAUUCUCCGAACUGCUCACGAGAGACGAGAUAAACCUUCCGAAUACCAGAGUACCAAUGGAGAAGAUUCUGACUCUGCCAGAGCUCAAGUCCAACCCUUUCAGGAAAAGAAUCUGCCAUGUAUUCUCAACCUCUGAUCAGAAAGAUGGAAGCCUCACAUUUGAGGACUUCCUGGACCUCUUGAGUGCCUUCAGCGACUCCGCUACACUGGAAAUCAAAUCCCACUAUGCCUUCCGUAUUUUUGACUUUGACGAUGAUGGAACUCUUGAUUGUGGUGAUCUGGAGAAGCUGGUUAACUCCCUGACCGGUGAGACGGAUGACACAAGACUAACAACCGAAGAAAUGAAACAGCUCAUCAACAAUAUUCUCGAAGAGUCAGACAUUGACAAGGAUGGAACUGUGAACCUCUCAGAGUUUCAGCAUGUCAUCUCAAGGUCGCCAGAUUUUGUCAGUUCUUUCAAGAUUGUGCUGUGAAGACCCCUACUGGGAAAUGCACCCCCCUUUAACUCUUGUAACAGUGUUUAAUUACAACACUUUUAGAUAUUUGCCUUAAAUUAUGUUUACCUGUGGAUUCUGCCUUAACUGUUUUAUUGUUGUUUGUGAAAUAUAAAACCUGUGAUUUUUUUUCUAUACAGAAAAUUAAAAAUAUUUCCAAAAACUA